AUGUCUUGGCACGGAGAUUCACGUCCAAGACAUUCACGCGAAGGAUAUGUUGCGUCGCAGGUCGUGUACGAGCGUCAAAACGCCCGUGAUGAAGCAUCGCCCAUGCGGACCUCUACUCCAUCAGGAGCUGACGCUGGCAAUCAGCAAGGUGUUCCAACGCAACAGCGACAUGGCGCCGAGAAGCAGACAACUCUCACAACUGUAUCAGGCGAUCAAGAGCACAAUACAGCAGCCCCUGAUGAUGCAGACGAGCAGCAAGGUGCAGAUGAUGUCUUGCCCGAUGCCCCCGCGAGUGACUCGAAUGAAGUGCAGAUGCAGCUCCUCCUUGAGCAACAACAGCUUGAAAAGCGACAGACAGGAGCCAUGCAACAGCUUCAAGAUCGCGAGAAGCUCCUCGCUGAGCAACAACAGCAGUUUGAGAAGCGACAGACAGAAGCCAUGCAUCAGCUUCAAGAUCGCGAGAAGCUCCUCGCUGAGCAACAACAGCAGUUUGAGAAGGAGCGGAAAGCAGCUAGCGAGCUUAUCGGCACCGAAGGAUCGCAGCUUGCCGACAAAAUUCAGGCCCAGAUUGACGAUCAGCAGCGCUUGAAUGAACAGAAGCAGGCUCAAGCAGAAGAGGGAAAUCGCUUGGAAGAACAGAAUCAGGCUCAAGUCAAAGAACAAAAGCGCCUCGACGAACAGAAGCGAGCUCAGACGACGGAGCAAGCCCGCCUCAAGGCACAAGAUCGAGCUCAAAAGAAGCGGGCGAAAGAGUUGCAGAAAUUGGAGCUGCAAUGCGAGCAACGUCUCAAUCAGAAUAUGCUUGAGAAGAUUGCGCAGCGUAAUCGAGAGAUUGCACAGGAGUUGGAGGACAACGAGGAGGAAGACGAGGAUGAUGAUGAUGAUUCUGAGGCCGAGGACGGUAAGGAGGAUGAUCCGAACGGCUUCUAGAGCCUCAUGCACAAUGUUCGUGACAACAUUGAGCUUGAUUCGACACCUGUAUCCAGAUAGGCACCUGCAAUGAUUGAUCUAAC